GGUAUUAAUUGCUUGUUAGCUGCGUAAUGACUGCAAAAAGGUCCCUUAAUUUUCACUGCUGAACGCAGGAGAGAAUAAUGAGGAGAUGAUAAUGUUCGCAGUUAAAUAUGAAUAUCAAAUUAUAUCCAAUUAGAAUAACGUAUAUGAAACGUACAUUAAUUGACUAAAUAAGUGUAAUGAAUAUAUUAAAUUAAUUAUUAGCGCGAUAUAAUGUAGUAUAACUUGCGUGAUUAAUUAAUCUCAUUAAUAUAACACACGUGGAAUGCGAAAUGCGUGACUAUAUUCCAGAAAAUGAUCAUUCUCAACGCGCUUAGUUUUUGUUAUUCAUCGUGUGUCAAUUACGCGAAGGGAUCAGUGUCGCCAUCGGCUGGUCGACUCAUGCAAGCGGCACACGUCACCGCAUCGGUAUACUUCUGACAACUUUCAAGUGGCUCAAAAUACCAAUUACAUGUUCGUGUCGUUCCACAUUUUAUACAUUUGUUUUUGCUUUUUAAUAAUUAAGAGAAGAUUUUUUUCUUCUUCGUGUUCGACGACAUCGUGAUUAUAACAUUUGGAUUAACGUUUUAUAAUACUUCCGAGCAUGACAAUUGUCUUUAACGAUGUUUCUCAAGGAAAUUAUUAAAUAUCAAUAACGCGAUACAAUGCGGAAAGGUAAAAGAAAGAAAAUUCACUACAUCGUACUACGCAUUCGGAUUGUAUUCCCAACCCUGUUAUUGUAGAUGAUAAUCUCGAGCCGUGUGUACUGGGGAAAGUUUCUCACGAGAGCAUUUAUGCAACCACGUAGUCUGACGUCGAAAUUUCAAAAGAGACUCUUCGAGUCGAGCACGCAUGAUCCGAGCGGAACACAAUUGCUUCAGACGACAAUUUUUGUACAAGAAGGCACGUACAUACGAGAAGUUCCUGUGAUAGUCCGAAGGAUUACCGAUGUCGAGGCUCUUUUCGAGAAUAAAAGCAAAAAACCCGUUGAAUCGUUAGUGCCAAGUCAGUACUUCAGUAUACUUGGGAAAGAUAAAAAGCAGAAGGAAAAUGUCUCUUCUACCGGCGACACAUCGGUGAUGAAAAAAGAUCCGUUAAAGCAAAGCAUCAGUAUAGAAACCGACGAAGGUACAGCGAUACUUUUCCACUCCGGCAUCGAACGUCUGAAAAACACAGACGCGGAGCGGCUUCUACAUGCGAUCACUUCGGAGAACAUGGAUAAAGAAACUAAUUCUUUAUUGAAGACCGAGAUAGCCGAUGAGAUAAACUGCCGGAUAGCACUUCAAAGUUUAAGGAAGAUUAUAGAGUUGGAAAACGGUUGGCACGCGUACCGGAAAGCUCUGUCGAGCGAGCGAUCAUUUGCGGAAGCCGUCGACAGGGACGCUAUUUUGCGGCAACUUGUAAAUCUAAUUGUCAAGAGUAAAGACAACGAGGUAAUAUUGCAAGGUCUCCGAGCAUUGAAGAGAGACAGAUUCAGCCCGACGAAAAAUAUUUACAAAGACUGGAUGUGCAAAGAGGCUACGAUUAGAGUCGCGGAUGGGAAUCUCACGAUUUCGCAGCUGAUCGGACUAGUGAAGAUCCUGUCUUCUUACAAAGACCCCAAGUACAGAAACUACAUCGACGUGCUGUGGGUAGGUUUAGCGUGCAGAGAGCGAGAUAUCAAGCCGGAUCUGCUGGUACCGUUAUUCAAGUCGCUCAAGUACUUCCGGCAGAGCAAGAAUAUGGUAGAAAUUAUUCUGGAGAGAAAACUUUCGGAGCAGUGGUUGAGGUUGAACGGUUCCCAGAUGGCUGAUAUACUGGAUUGCUAUCACGGGAAGGAGCAUUCGAGAUGCCUAUUGAGCGCCAGUAAGUGGGCGAGCGUGAGUAUGACCAGUUCGACCGAGAGGAAUCUCGCCGAUUUUAUUCGUAGUUUACACACGAAGAACUAUAUCGACGAGAACGUGGAACAGGCAUUGGAAAGAUACGUAACGGUUCGGGGUGCUGAGAUGAAGGAUGCCAAUUUAGUAGCCACCAUUAUGGAUUACUGCAAAGGUUUAAAAGUGAGAAACCCACGUAUUCUCGCCGAAUGCAGCAGAUACUUUGUGAGAAACGGGAUGGAAAUUUCGCCGUCUUUAUUGUCUUCCAUACUUACGCCGUUUGGCUCAUUGAACAUUGAGCCACCAGACUCGACGGUAUUUUGGAAGACGUUUGACGAAGUGUUAUCCGUGAAAUUCGCAGACUUAAAACUGAGCGAUACUUUAGAUAUUCUUCUCUCUUGCACGUAUCUUGAAAGAUAUCCCAUCAAGUUCUUAGAUAAAGUUUUCAGUUCGUAUCUUCUGAAUAGGCUACAAAUCCAAAGAGACGCGCCUAUCAUCAAUCGCUUGAAGACCAAAUUGAUAUUAUUCGACACAACCAUGUCCUUAGAAUGUAAAGAUUAUCAGGGCAGUCCGAUCAACAUUGACAGAAGUACAAAGUUGUUGAGCGUGGACACGAGAAUUAGGAGUAUCGUUAAUCGAAUAUACAAGCCGUUAGGACGCUUAGUAGGUGGAGAACACAAGUUAAGCAGGAGUGUUAUUCUAAGCAGAUUACCCCUCAUAAAUUUUUACAUUCCGGACAUUUUAAUUCAUCCGCUCGUGAAGUCGUCGCCUGUUUUCAAUUUGAAUCUGCAUAAAAAGAGAAACAUCAAUACCGCGAUCUUGAUACAUUUGCCCGAGUAUUAUUGCUGGAACAGUCGACAUCUGAUAGGAUCGCAGAUUAUGAGGAAGAGGCAAAUGAGAAAACUAGGUUUUCGAGUAGCGUACUUAGAUUACACGAGACUGACGAAACUCGCGAAUCAAGACGACAAAUUGAUGUCUUACUUGUCGCAAAGCCUAGACUCCGUCGAAGAUGCCUCAUAAGCUGUUUCACGCGUUUACAGAUUUACGGACUGAGAUCACGAUUAAACGAAGUGCAAUACUCCCGUCGUUUUUUAACAAUAGAAUUAAAGAAAAACCGUGAGACAUUGUACAUCGAACGAAAUAAAUAUCUCUACGUAAAAAUUGACAACUGUUUGUGUGCUUUUAAUAAUGUGGUUUUCAUACAUUUUUCUUUUUGCUUU